CAAGAUGUAUACAGGUACAAUUUCAGUAAUAUAUGGUCCAAUGGUAAAUGAAUAAAUAAAUGUUAGUUUUCUGGUAAAACAAGUGAGUUAAUGAGAUUGGUUAAGAGAUUUACAAUUUCAGAAAGAAAAUGUAUAGUGUUAAAUUAUGCAAAUGAUAACAGAUACUCAGAGGAUUAAUGCAUUUCAAGUCAUGAUAAGUAUAUUACCUAUUUGAAAAUAUAGAGAAUAUUUGAAAGCAAUAAAAGUAUGUAAAUUAAAUGAAGCUAAUGAGAAAUGUAAAGAAAGUGAUGUUGUAGCUAUAGAUGAGGGUUAAUUCUUUUCAGAUGUAAAUUUAAUUGUAAUAAAUUGGGUAGAUUGUUGAAUUUAGUGAGAAGAUGGCAAAUUUAGGAAAGAUAGUAAUAGUUGCAGCUCUUGAUGGAACAUUUGAUAGAAAACCUUUUCAUAACAUCUUAAAUUUGAUUCCAAUAGCUGAGCGUAUAACUAAAUUAACAGCAGUAUGUUGGUUUUGUAAAAGAGAAAAUGCUUCUUUUACUAAAAGAAUAGUAUAAUCAUAAGAAAGUAAAUAAAAAAUAUAAAUAUUAGUUGAAUUAAUUGGUGGAGAUGAUUGUUAUAAACCUGCAUGUCGAAUAUGUUUUCAUCUUGCAGAUAAUUAAUUGAAAAAUCCAUAGAUAGCUUAAUUGAUAUAUGCAAAUUAAGAUAAUCAUAUGGGGUAACAAAAUUUGAUUUGCUGA